AUGGCAGGCGAUGCAAUGCUGGCAUUGCCAAUGUCUCCGACAAAGUCGCCCAAAGAGUUUGGAACUGCCGCCGUGCAAUGGGCGUGCACGCGAAGAGGGCGGAUGAUGGUCUUGACGAUUGUACUUCUCACAGUCCUGCUUGGACUGACGGGUAUGAGGAAUCAUGAGGCCAUAUCUUCACGAUACCACAACUUCUCCUCGUACUACCCAUGGCGACCGUAUUUCCAGCCCCUGCCCGACAUCGUACACUCGCCGUUCAAGACUCCCUCGAACACUACGCUGCAGAUCGAGAAUGGCGAACUCGACCACGUCCCGCCGAAACUCAAGAAGACGACGCCGAACUUCCAUCUCCUUAUGCCUGCCGAGCGCGACACAGAUGGCUUCUGCAAGACGACACUGUCGGCUAUGCUUCUCCACUACCCUCCACCAACUGCGGUACAGCUACACAAGGCAUAUGAGUCGGACAUCAAGUGGGACAGGGAUACACUCAACAGCACACUGCAUUACCUGAGCAAUGAGAAGCUGGUCAAGGACCAUGACUUGGUUCUCAUCGUGGACGGACAACACUCGAUGUUCCAGCUACCAAGCGAUGUGAUUGUCACGCAGUACAAAAGGCUGCUGGCAGACGCCAACAUGCGGCUGCUGAAGAAGUAUGGCGUUAACAAAGAAGGUUACCAGAAUUUCAACCAGACAAUCGUGUUCGGCGCAGAGAAGAUCUGUGAGAACGACGACAUGGCGUGCAAGUACGUGCCUCAAUCGAUACUCUCGGACAAUACAUACGGAAGCGAGAACGGUCGACGCAUAUCAGAUACCCCGGCGAAGUUCAUUCACUCCAAGAUGGUCAUGGGUCCAGCCAGCGACUUGAAGAUGCUUUACCAGUUUGCUCUGGAGAAGUUUAUGGAGGGGAGAAGUCAGUCCCAGACCGUUCAGUCGGUAUUCGCGACUCUCUUCGCCGAGCAGCAGCUGGGCAGAGAUGCCGAGGAAGUGGCAUCGAAGCAUACGGGUACCAAAGUCAAAGAAUACCUCACGGGCAGAGCGAGCACGUCAGAAGCCAAGCGAAGACUGGAGCGUGCCAGCGCUGAGUUCUCGAACACUACACGUCAUGAGUUUUCUGUCGGUUUGGACUAUACCCACGCGCUCUUCCAACCCUUGGACUACUGCGUCGAAGAUGAACUCGCUCUUCUUUUGCAUGACAACUCUACCGACUUGUCGCAAUACAGUCGCUCCGACUCAGACCCCCGUUACCUGUCCCUACCCACUGCCCUCAACGAGACCAAGACCCCAUUCUGGCGCCCCGACUUCGUCGAGCACAACCCGUCUCCCAACGAGAAGCCAGCAUACAUUGACAACCUAGAGUUUACGCUCGAACUCGAUGGCUUGCCCAGCCGGAAACUACCCUGGGAAAGCAUUCCCCUGAUCCAGAACACCUACUCCGGUUCCGUCCCCGCCAUAAUCCUCAGCAGCUCCUCGCACUCCAGCGGUGAGCGUCCACCAGCCGCCAACAUAACCUGGGACAACCUGUGGUACUCCGACCACAAACGUGCCAUGCUGAGAAACUACUUCCGCGCGCCCCAGUCUUCAGACGGAUACCACAACCACCUCGUCGGCGGCGAUCGCUACUGGGACAACCGCGGCGGACGAGGCGGCAUAUGGACCGAAGCCGAGCAAACCUGGCUACCCUGGGGCGAAGUCGAUGGCGUCUGUGGCACCCUGCCUCAACUCAAAGAAAUCUUCAACGAUGGUAAGGGUGUGUGGCUACAUGAGCUCGAGCAGGACAACGAGCAAGGCCGCCUCAACGAAGAAGAGGACCAUCGGCAAAAGCAAGAAGAAGCGCGACUCAAAGAUAUCGAAGAGUUGGUCAAGUUGGAGCAGGAGGCUAAAGAGAAGAACGAGCAGAAGGAGAAGGAGAGUAUCGACUUUGAGAAGUUGAAGGAGCUUCAGGAUAUGGAGGCUGGAGAGGAGAAGAAGGUUGAGAGGAGGAGGAAGAGGUGGAAUGUUGUGGAGGAGUGUUAUGUCAACGAAUUCGUCCAAAGCAACACUGAAGCCGAUAUAGGUCCGAGGCUGGAAGCCCUCAUGCGUACCUGUCUCAAGAAGCGCUCGAAGAAGCGGCCGAAUCUCGACCUAGAAUCGUGCGUACUAUGGGUAGACGUCCUCAUAAAGGCGGAGAACGGGGAUUGUCCACCGGCUAUGCUCCGGUUCUGUGAGGACGUGACUGCCGUUCAUGACUCGAAGAUAUUCUUGUUGAUGGAUGGCAAGCGCAGGGAAGGCGUACAGGACGAACCGGACGAGGUACCCAACGAUCCAAUGUGUCAAUUUACGCUCCUCGCUACCCGGAGGCCAGAUCAGCUUGAGGCAUUCACGAGGAGGGAUAGUAAAUGUGUGAUUACAGACGAGCUACCCGGCUACGUACCCGUCAACGAAGCUGGCCAGCGUGUCGACGAAAACAUCGUUCAACGACCCGCCGACUACUGCUUUGACGACUAUCUCGAACACAAACGCCGGAACGGUAGAGUUCGUAGCUGCUAUCACUACCACCUGGGCGACGGAUGCGACGGCGAGGAAUGCCAAUACGAUCAUAGCGAGAUCACCGAGGACGUGUUGAGCGUGUUGUGUUUUCUAGAAGCCCUGUCAAACAUCUACGCCCCCAUCAGCAAAAACCUUUUCCUCUCCAAACCCCCGUCCUGGAAAACAGACUCCAUCGCGUCGCCCCCAAAAUGGAAGGGCGAAAAACACAUCUACAAAGACUCCGCUUACUACACCCUCGACCCCCGCGGCAUACUCCCCUCCAAAAAGCUACAAGCAGCAGGCCUAGUCGAAAUGCCCUUCCAAGCCCCCUCCACCUUCCCCCGCCUCCUCAUACGCAAGACCGAAUACCGCGACGGCCCCAUAUACCCUCAAUUCGGGGAUUUCCGCAUCGACAAACUGGUUCGGGAGCGGGAUUAG